GCUAUCAACAUGACGGCUGAAGAAACAGUGAAUGUAAAAGAGGUCGAAAUCAUUAAGCUAAUUUUAGACUUCUUGAAUUCAAAGAAGCUUCACAUUAGUAUGUUGGCCCUUGAGAAAGAAAGUGGAGUCAUAAAUGGCCUAUUUUCAGAUGAUAUGCUUUUCCUGAGGCAGCUAAUCCUUGAUGGUCAGUGGGAUGAAGUUCUUCAGUUCAUUCAGCCUCUAGAAUGUAUGGAAAAAUUUGACAAAAAACGGUUUCGUUAUAUUAUCCUGAAGCAGAAGUUUUUAGAAGCUUUAUGUGUUAACAAUGCAAUGUCAGCAGAAGAUGAGCCCCAGCAUGUAAGGUUUUUAUUCCUGAAGCUGGAAUUUACAAUGCAAGAAGCUGUGCAAUGUUUACAUGCCCUAGAAGAGUACUGCCCUUCUAAAGAUGAUUAUAGCAAACUCUGUUUGCUUUUGACUUUGCCUCGUCUGACCAAUCAUGCCGAAUUUAAGGACUGGAAUCCCAGCACUGCACGAGUUCACUGUUUUGAAGAGGCUUGUGUCAUGGUUGCUGAAUUCAUCCCUGCUGAUAGAAAGUUAAGUGAGGCUGGUUUCAAAGCAAGUAACAAUCGUUUAUUUCAGCUUGUAAUGAAGGGUCUACUUUAUGAAUGCUGUGUAGAAUUUUGUCAAAGUAAAGCAACUGGAGAAGAAAUUACAGAAAGUGAAGUACUUCUUGGCAUCGACCUCUUAUGUGGUAAUGGUUGUGAUGAUUUGGAUCUGAGUUUGUUGUCAUGGCUUCAGAAUCUCCCAUCUUCUGUCUUCUCUUGUGCUUUUGAACAGAAAAUGCUUAAUAUUCAUGUUGACAAACUUCUGAAACCCACAAAAGCUGCAUAUGCUGAUCUUUUGACUCCUCUUAUCAGCAAACUUUCUCCCUAUCCAUCAUCUCCAAUGAGAAGGCCUCAAUCAGCUGAUGCCUAUAUGACUCGCUCUCUGAAUCCUGCUUUAGAUGGCCUCACUUGUGGACUAACCAGUCAUGAUAAGAGAAUCUCCGACCUUGGGAACAAAACUUCUCCAAUGUCACACUCCUUUGCUAACUUCCAUUAUCCAGGGGUACAAAACCUCAGUAGAAGUCUCAUGCUUGAGAAUACAGAAUGUCACAGUAUUUAUGAAGAAUCUCCUGAACGAAGUGAUACACCUGUUGAGGCACAGCAGCCUAUCAACAGUGAAAUCAUGGCCCAGAAUUCAGUUUCAGAAAAAGAGCCGGCAAAUGGAGCACAGAAUCAAGGACCAGCUAAGCAAGAAAAAAAUGAGCUUCGAGAUUCAACGGAACAAUUUCAAGAAUAUUAUAGGCAAAGGUUACGUUAUCAGCAGCACUUAGAACAGAAGGAGCAGCAGCGACAGAUAUACCAACAGAUGCUGCUUGAAGGAGGCGUGAAUCAGGAGGAUGGCCCUGAUCAGCAGCAGAAUCUUACUGAACAAUUUCUUAAUAGGUCCAUUCAAAAGCUUGGUGAAUUAAAUGUUGGAAUGGAUAGCCUUGGCAAUGAGGUCUCAGUGAUCAGCCAGCAAUGUAAUGGGAGCAAAGGCAAUGGAUCUAAUAAUUGUUCUGCAGUUAGCUUUGCUACACCGCCCCAAGACUCUAGUCAGAGAUUAACACACGAUGCUUCAAAUAUCCACACAAGCACUCCUCGUAACCCUGGAUCAACAAACCACAUACCUUUUCUUGAGGAAUCACCUUCUAGUGGAAACCAAAUCUCAUCAGAACAUUUGGUCAUUAAGCCACCUUUUGGAGAUUCUUCAGGGACUCUUUCAAGGUCAAGAGGGGAAGAGGAUGACAAAUCAAAAAAGCAGUUUGUUUGUAUUAAUACCCUAGAAGACACACAGGCUGUUAGAGCAGUGGCUUUUCAUCCAGGUGGUGGUUUAUAUGCUGUCGGUUCAAAUUCGAAAACGCUGAGAGUAUGUGCUUAUCCAGAAGUAAUUGAUCCAAGUGCACAUGACACCCCUAAGCAGCCAGUGGUGCGUUUUAAAAGGAAUAAACAUCAUAAAGGAUCCAUUUACUGUGUGGCAUGGAGUCCUUGUGGACAGUUAUUAGCAACAGGAUCAAAUGACAAAUACGUCAAAGUGCUGCCCUUCAAUGCAGAGACUUGUAAUGCAACAGUUUCAGGACCGGAUCUGGAAUUUAGCAUGCAUGAUGGGACAAUUAGAGACUUGGCAUUUAUGGAAGGCCCGGAAAGUGGUGGAGCUAUUUUGAUAAGUGCUGGCGCAGGGGACUGUAAUAUUUAUACAACCGAUUGUCAGAGAGGACAGGGCCUGCAUGCUCUGAGUGGACACACUGGCCAUAUUUUAGCACUUUAUACCUGGAGUGGUUGGAUGAUUGCAUCUGGUUCCCAAGAUAAGACUGUUAGAUUCUGGGAUCUUCGAGUACCAAGCUGUGUUCGUGUUGUUGGCACAACAUUCCAUGGAACUGGUAGUGCAGUGGCAUCUGUAGCUGUAGAUCCCAGCGGCCGUCUCUUAGCCACAGGACAAGAAGAUUCUAGCUGCAUGUUGUAUGACAUAAGAGGAGGAAGGAUGGUACAAAGUUACCACCCUCAUUCCAGUGACGUUCGCUCUGUUCGAUUCUCCCCUGGAGCUCACUACUUGCUAACAGGAUCCUAUGAUAUGAAAAUAAAGGUGACAGACCUACAAGGAGACCUCACUAAACAGCUUCCCAUCAUGGUGGUGGGGGAGCACAAGGAUAAAGUGAUUCAGUGCAGAUGGCACACCCAGGAUCUUUCCUUCCUGUCGUCCUCUGCAGACAGAACUGUAACCCUCUGGACUUACAAUGGAUAGAGUACACCUAGUGUCAUCUAUGCAGUGAAGGCACAGAGACUUAAGACUACUGAGUUGUGAAAAUUCCAAGUUUGAAGAACAUAGAGUGACCAGGAAAGUGGCUUAGCACGAGGAGGCCCCUUAUUACCAUUUACCCCUUUGGUAGGAGCUGUUGGGGGGUGUUAUUCUGCAGUUCUUUCUGUCUUCCAUGUGAGCUCGUGCUGCUGUGACCUGCUGUGUGUUGUAGUCUUGUUGCCAAAGUCUGCGAAAGAGCUCUUAUGUUGUCAUUGUGCACUCCAAGUCAAGGUGGACGAUAUGUUUACGGUUUAGUAUUAAACGCAUUCCUUGGUCUUUGCCUAAAUAACAGUUUUAUAUACACAUUGAAAUUUAACUAUACUUUAAGCAUAUUAUUACAUGUAACGCAACCAAGUUCUACACAGAUUAAGUAUAGGUAUUCAGAAAUUUUGCUUUUCUCACAAUCCAAUGAUAUUGUAUCACUUGUCACAGGCUAGAGGUCAGAAUUAUAGGUCUCUCAAAAGUUAUGUGGUUGUUUUCACUAAGGAUCAUUGUGGAGUUUAAAGAUGGGUGGGAAACUGCUUCUUUGUUCAUUAUGUGGUAUAGGCCUUUUCUUUUUUGUUAAACCCAGGGAUAUAAUUAUUUUGUCACAUUAUUUUGUUUCAAGCUUAUUAGGUAAAUGUGUUUGCUUCAGAAACUUGUUAAUUUCAAUUUUUUGAAUCCAACAAGAUACCUCCCUUCUAAAUUGAACUGUAGAAGCAGAGCAGCAGCGUUACAUGAUACACUUGAUGGUACAGUAAAUUUACUGGCUAGCAUUUUUCCUCUAAAAAAUGAAAACUUUACCAUAGACUAUAGCAUGGCUUGAAAUGCUAUGUCUGCAUGAUAAUUUUAAAAUGGAUAAUAAAGUUUGCACUCCAAAAGCUUAUUUGGAUUUUUUUUCUUGCACUGUUUUGUGUAAUGCAAAAUAAUGAUUUUAUUUCUACAGCACUGUAGAUCCUAACAUUUAUGUAUCCUUAUUUUCAUAUUGUACAGUAAUUUUACUUUAAAUUAUUAAAUAGGCUAUUUUAUUUAUUUCAAAUGCAGUUGAGUUGGUUCUAAUUAUUGAACUGUCUGUGCACUGUAUGUAGCAAGCAUUUUUAAGCUAUUGUAUACAAGUGGAAAGGGUUAUUAGAAGUGUAACUGUGCUAUUAUUUCAAUAAAGACCUCUUGACACCUAAAACUA